UUCGACACUUGAGAGACUGAAGGUUUUUGUGUAUUAGCCUUUAAGUGGUAUAUAAUGUAAUCUGAUUUAGAAUUGUCUCUCGACAUCUAUAUAGCCUGGAAACUCGUGAAAAAGUCUUCAGAACCCACGACACACGAUUAGUAAACGCACGACAAGGAAUUUUGUUCCUGUACCAAAGUUUUGACAAUGGAAUCUAUCUCCGCAACCGACAGAAUUAACGCUGCAUUCGCUAGCCUGCAGACAGAGUUGAGAGAAAUCAGAACACAAGACAUCAGUCUGAUGAAGCAACUGAUGAGUAUCAAUGAUUCAAUCCAGCGACUGUCUAGGAAGAAGAGCGACAAGUCACGUGCCAGAAGGAUGACACGCAAAAUUUCCCGCAAACCAGCCUUGACGGAAAUUGCGGACGAGGACCACACAUUCAGUAGAAAGGAUGAGAUUACGCUCUUGACCAACGUUAAACUGUGGAAAUAUUCCCAGUCUGAUGAGUCGAGCUCGGGAUCGGAAUCGGAUAUCCUUUUCGACUAGACCUUCUGGUUCACAGCCCAUUGAAUCAACAUACCUCAUUUGACGACGGUCUCUCUAUACACUGCUGCUACAGACAUUAUUUUCUCGACAAAACAGUUUUAGAGAAAUUGGACCAGAUUGAGAACAUUCGGUAUCAUCAUCAGACUUUGUCUUCGUUUGUGUUUUUGGUUUCUCUCUCGUCAGCUUUCAUUGAUGAAAGUUGGGUUUCGUAUUGAAGGUCGACGACAGGGUGCCAAACUGUGGUAGCGAUACUGCCGUUAUUUCUAAGUGGUUUAUUGUCCAUGUGCAUGUUUGUAAGUGUUUUCUGAGAAAAAGUGUGAAUGCUUUGGAGCCGUGUCCAAGAAAAGUUUAUUUUUCCUGGAUACAAUUCAAAUUUGUCGGUUUCAACGAAGUUUUACAACGAAUUCAAAUAUAUGUCCACACAUGUGCAAUGUGAGUGUUUUCAUGUUUUGGUCGUUUAUGGUAGCUUUUAUCAAUUUGGAAAAAAAAAUUUAUGGGGGAGAGAAUUAAAAUCUUUUUGUUUUAAAUUUUGAGAAAUUUUAUAAUUCUAAAUACUAAGUAUGUGAAUAUGGUUAUACUAUUCAUUUCUGCCUUUGUUAUGGGUUUUUAUGAUAACGUUACAGAUAAAUUUACAUGUAAAUUCGUGACAUACAGUGUGAGAAGUUGAAUUGUCUAUCCAAUAUUGUAAUAGAUUCUAAAGACGAAAAAUUGUGCAAAAAUUAUUAUUAAAAAUAGUAUUAUAUAUAUAUAUAUAUAUAUAUAUAUAUAUAUAUAUAUAUAUAUAUAACGUUCAAUGAACAGCAUCAGGAAAAAAAUGAUUUUGGGGGGAUAUGAUUUACUAUAAUUGUUAAUUCUGAAAUAAAGAAAUGAGAACUUUUA